CGCGGCCGCAGCCCCGCCGCCGCCCCCGCCCCCGCCGCCGGGGACAUGUCUAACCCCGGGGGCCGGAGGAACGGGCCCGUCAAGCUGCGCCUGACAGUACUCUGUGCAAAAAACUUGGUGAAAAAGGAUUUUUUCCGGCUUCCUGAUCCAUUUGCUAAGGUGGUGGUUGAUGGAUCUGGGCAGUGCCAUUCUACAGAUACUGUGAAGAAUACACUUGAUCCAAAAUGGAAUCAGCAUUAUGACCUGUAUAUUGGAAAGUCUGAUUCAGUUACGAUCAGUGUAUGGAAUCACAAGAAGAUCCAUAAAAAACAAGGUGCUGGAUUUCUUGGUUGUGUUCGUCUUCUUUCCAAUGCCAUCAACCGCCUCAAAGACACUGGUUAUCAGAGGUUGGAUCUAUGCAAACUUGGGCCAAAUGACAAUGAUACAGUUAGAGGACAGAUAGUAGUAAGUCUUCAGUCCAGAGACCGAAUAGGCACAGGAGGACAAGUUGUGGACUGCAGUCGUUUGUUUGAUAAUGAUUUACCAGAUGGCUGGGAAGAAAGGCGAACUGCCUCUGGAAGAAUCCAGUACCUAAACCACAUAACAAGAACUACGCAAUGGGAACGCCCAACACGACCAGCAUCUGAAUAUUCUAGUCCUGGCAGACCUCUUAGCUGUUUUGUUGAUGAGAACACUCCAAUUAGUGGAACAAACGGUGCAACAUCUGGACAGUCUUCAGAUCCCAGACUGGCAGAGAGGAGAGUCAGGUCACAACGACAUAGAAAUUACAUGAGCAGGACACAUUUACAUACUCCUCCAGACCUACCAGAAGGCUAUGAACAGAGGACAACACAACAAGGUCAGGUGUAUUUCUUACAUACUCAGACUGGUGUGAGCACGUGGCAUGAUCCAAGAGUGCCUAGGGAUCUUAGCAACAUCAAUUGUGAAGAGCUUGGUCCGUUGCCUCCUGGAUGGGAGAUCAGGAAUACAGCAACAGGCAGAGUUUAUUUCGUUGACCAUAACAACAGAACAACACAGUUUACAGAUCCUCGGCUCUCUGCUAACUUGCAUUUAGUCUUAAAUCGGCAGAACCAAUUGAAAGACCAGCAACAGCAGGUGGUAUCGUUGUGCCCUGAUGACACAGAGUGUCUGACAGUCCCACGGUACAAACGAGACCUGGUUCAGAAACUAAAAAUUUUGCGGCAAGAACUUUCCCAGCAACAGCCUCAGGCUGGCCAUUGCCGCAUUGAGGUUUCCAGGGAAGAGAUUUUUGAGGAAUCAUAUCGACAGGUCAUGAAAAUGAGACCGAAAGAUCUCUGGAAGCGAUUAAUGAUAAAAUUUCGUGGAGAAGAAGGGCUUGACUACGGAGGGGUUGCCAGGGAGUGGUUAUAUCUCUUGUCACAUGAAAUGUUGAAUCCUUAUUAUGGCCUCUUCCAGUAUUCAAGAGAUGAUAUCUAUACAUUGCAGAUCAAUCCUGAUUCUGCAGUUAAUCCGGAACAUUUAUCAUACUUCCACUUUGUUGGACGAAUAAUGGGAAUGGCUGUGUUUCAUGGACAUUAUAUUGAUGGUGGUUUCACAUUGCCUUUUUAUAAACAGUUGCUUGGGAAGUCCAUUACCUUGGAUGACAUGGAGUUAGUUGAUCCAGAUCUUCAUAACAGUUUAGUGUGGAUACUUGAGAAUGAUAUCACAGGUGUUUUGGACCAUACCUUCUGUGUCGAACAUAAUGCCUAUGGUGAAAUUAUUCAGCAUGAACUUAAACCAAAUGGCAAGAGUAUCCCUGUUACUGAAGAAAAUAAAAAAGAAUAUGUCAGACUCUAUGUGAAUUGGAGAUUUUUACGAGGAAUUGAGGCACAAUUCCUGGCCCUGCAGAAAGGAUUUAAUGAAGUAAUUCCACAGCAUCUGCUGAAGACAUUUGAUGAGAAGGAGUUAGAGCUCAUUAUUUGUGGACUUGGAAAGAUAGAUGUUAAUGACUGGAAGGUAAACACCCGGUUAAAACACUGUACACCAGACAGCAACGUUGUCAAGUGGUUUUGGAAGGCCGUGGAGUUUUUUGAUGAAGAACGACGAGCGCGGUUACUUCAGUUUGUGACGGGCUCGUCCCGAGUGCCUCUGCAGGGCUUCAAAGCUUUACAAGGUGCUGCAGGCCCACGACUCUUUACAAUACACCAGAUUGAUGCCUGCACUAACAACCUGCCAAAAGCCCACACUUGCUUCAAUCGAAUAGACAUUCCGCCCUAUGAAAGCUAUGAAAAGUUAUAUGAAAAGCUGCUAACAGCCAUUGAAGAAACAUGUGGAUUUGCUGUGGAAUGACAACUUCAAGGAUUUACCCAGGACUCUAUUUAUACCCCUGACUGACAGCCUCCUUUCAGCAGAGUUUCAAGGAACGCUGACAUACAGGAAAAUGCACCCCCCUUUUUAAAAAAAUUUUAGGAUACUGUGAGGGGAAAGGACAAUUCUGAAAUUCCUUUUCAAGGAAAAAAAGGUCUUUAUGCUUUGCCAUGAGGCCACAUUCAGCUGCUAUUUAAAAUUAAUAUCUUGAACCUAAAGAAUGCUGACUUUUCCUACAUUUCCAGAGUUAGGCAGUAUUCUACACUUAAAGACUACUACUAUUUUUAUAAAAGGUAAUCUAUUCAAAUCGCUUCACAGAUUUCAACUCUUAUCAAACAUCAAGACAACAUCAGCAGUCGGUACAAGUCACAUUUCAUUUUGGUUGAAUACAUGAUUUUGAACAGCUCCUGUACUUGCUCUUUGUAAAAAAAAAUAAAAUUAUUUUGAAUUAUUCUACCUUUGUAAACAAUUGGCUA